ACAUGUUGGAUGUACAGAACUUCGAAGGAGAAAUCCGUAUUGUUGCGGUAAAAACCUGACUUGUUUUAGAUAGUACUUUUUAAAACUGGAUCCCAGUUGCACACUUUUAAACCAGAAGAAGAAAAAAAUUGUCAACAAUGUUUUGGUUUGUCAAGAUUUAAAUUGAAAUGCUCAAGAGAUACAUCAAGCACAGUGAAAAUAGAACAACACAUCAAGUUUUAAGACGACAUUCCUGUAUAUCAAAAUAAAAUCUAACAGCAUAAAAAAAUAGAUUAGAGAGCUACAUUGUACAUGUAUACAGAUUUGAUCAUGGAGAAAUAAUAGAACAAAAGAUACCAAUGUGUAAUGUCUAUAAUGACAGAAAUGGAUGAAAGUCUUAGGAUUAUUCAAGUGCAUAGAACCAUAAAUAACUAAAGUGGUCAAAGGGAGCAGUAGUAAAAUGGCCGACAUGUUUCAUGAACUGGAAGAAAUAACAAGUUUCAGUGAAAACAGUGAAGACAUUCCAAGUAUUUUUCAACAGUUUGAUUUACUGGUAAACAAUAGAAAUAAAAGUAAGAAGAAGGAAAAUUUAGUCGAAGAUUUACGAAGACCGGGUCACAACCACGCGUUGGAUAAAAUGAUGCUUCAGCACUUGAAUAAAAAGACGAAACCAAAAAGAAAAGUCAGUAGCGUUCCUUUACUGUACAUUCCCGGUGAAACGAACUCAUCAAUUGUUACGAUUGAUCAAGAAACAUUUAGGGGUUUAGUUGGAAACCCAAAACCUAAACAAAGACAAAGUAGAAAAAAGGUACCAAAAACACUUGAUUUUGAAGACAGUAAAGUACCUCUAUCACAAACACUGCCUUUUGACUCUGAAACUGUUUUACAGGAAGUUGAAACUGGUCAGAUGAAGGGAGAUAACUCUCCUCAAAAUCAAAAAGUAGAAUGUGCUAUUUGUGGGGUGAAAUUUGAGAAUAGUCUACGGUUAAAGCAACACUCUCGGGUGCAUAGAAGAUGUAUAAACAAUGGCAGACGAUAUUCACCACGGAAGACAUUUUGUUUAAUUCCAGAUAAUUUUACAAAUCAAAUUAACAAUCAUGGUGAUGAUAUUUCUAAUGAAAAUUGUAAUGAACUUUCAACAAAAACUAUUGGACAAUGUUCUGGAGACAUUUCAUCAUCACUCGCCAUGCCAAUAGCUUCAACCAAUGGAUCAACUUGUGUAUCAAUUAAUGCAAAUCUUGUUAACACCUUUUCCGAUCCCAAAAAUGGAGCAAUUCUUUCAAAUAUUUUGCAGAAUUUUGUUCAACAGAACAAAAACAAUAGUGCAAAUUCUAAAUUUGAUAGAGACGAAAAUUCUCAGCCAAUUACAACUGCUCUUUCAGAAAAAAUUUCGUCAGAAACAGAUGUUGGUUUGACGGUAUUUGAUCAUGAUGAAUCAGUUUUUAAGAGUAAUAAAGGCAAUAAAAACAUUAGCACUAUAGGAAUUUUCAGGGGUUGCACAAAUUCUAAUUUUAGUAACACAGUUAAAACUAAAAAUGUUCAACAGAAGAGUACAAAAAGUAAGAACAGUAUAGAAAAUCUAUUCAAUGAAAACAAAGGAUCUGAAAGUAAUAUGGUGGAGGACAGGUGUGAGAAUGUUUACCAUAAUUCAAAUAGUAACCAAUCAGAACCUUGUAUUGAAAAAAGUAACCAAUCAGAAUCUUGUGUUGACAAAAGAAACAUAAUAGUUGAUAAGCAGAGUAAUAAGCUCGGAAAUAUUCAGACAGGUUUGCAAAUGAAAGCUGCUAUGGAAAAGUCUUCCAAAAGUUUUAAUUUAUGUAAGAAUACUUUAACAGUAACAGCAGAAAUUCAUGCCCAAGCUUUUGAUAAUGCUAGAUAUCAAAGAAUAUCUGGUAAUGAGGUAAAAACUUUUAAUGGUGAAUUGUGUCAGGGAAUUGAAAUUGCUGAUGAAACUGAAAUGGAAAGAGAGUCAGAAUAUAUAAGUAUAGAGGAACUUGAGAAAGGCGCAUUAAUGGCACUGAAGAAAUUAUCAGCACAGAUAAGUCCAAGAAAGGGAAGUUACUCAUUAUCAGGACGGGCUAGUUCAUUGAAGGGAAGUAAUUUUGUGUCAUCUCGGGCAAGUCCAAUUAAAGGAAAUAAUUCACUUACAGCACAGACAAGUCAAAUUAUAGAAAGUCCAAUGAAGGGAAGUAACUGUUUAUCAGCUCAGACAAGUUCAACAAAGGGGAGUAAUUCUUUAUCAGCACAGCCAAGUCCAGUGAAGGGAAGAAACACUUUAUCUAUUCUUGCCAGUCCAGUGAAGGGAAGAAACACUUUAUCUAUUCAUGCCAGUCCAACAAAUGGAAUAAAUUUCUCAUCAACACAUUCAAGUCCAGUAAAGGGAAGUAACACUUUAUCAAUUCAUGGAAGUCCAACAAAGGGAAGUAAUUCUUUAUCUCUACAGGAAAGUCCAAUGAAGGGAAGUAAAUCUUCGUCCAACAGAACUCCAUGCAAAAGAAGAAUAGUUGAUAGGUCUGUGCAUGGUAAUGGGGAUCAUUCAAGUAGUGAUGCUGGACAAAGGGAGAUAAGUUGUCCAGUGACUGAAAAGAGUACAAAAAGGGGAGAUAAUGUAAUAAUUAUGUGUAACCAAACUGAAACAAAAGGAUCUCCUUGUACUAGAAUGGUGGAAUUUGUCAAACAAAUAGAAAAAAUCUGCAAAAAUAAAAAUUGCCCAGAAAUGAAUGAUCUGGAAGGUAAACAAAGUCAAAAAGAGGGUGACAUUAUCAUUUCUGAUAAAAAUGGAGAAUCGUCAGUUGUUAGAAGUCCGCCAUAUUUAGAUGAUCUAUCAUUUCGUAACACAACAAAAUACUGUGGAAUCUCGUUAAACAAUGACCGACGAACAGAAGGAAUUGAAACUAUUCAGAACCAACAAGAUUAUAUUUUAAAUGAUUCUUUUUGCUCAAGAACAUCUAGUUACCAUGACAACAUGAAGCACUACAAAAUCUGGAAGACUCAGUCUGUUGAUUUCGAAAAGUUAAAUUCUACUCAUAGAAAUCAUGUUUGUGAUUUGGAAGAAAGAGCUGUGAUUUUAAACCAUAAUCAUGAAUCUGAUGAAGUGAUUAAAAACUCUAUCAAUAAUCAAGAUGCAUUAUUAUCAUUUGAGCUCAAUGAAGAUGGUGAAAUUGCAAAAUAUUCUGACACGCCAAACUUGCCAACAUUAGUAUGUUCUGAGCUUGACAGUGAGAUGCAAGAAAAUGGGAAUAAUGCACUAAAUUUCACAGAGUGUAGUAGAGAUAAAAAUACAAAUGAAGAAAACACAACAGUUACACAAAAUUUUGAAAGACCUUUAGCCGAUUUGUGUGAGCUUAAAAACAUGCAAGAAAAUCAUUGUAAUGUUUUUGAGAAUGACGAAAAUUGUUAUCAUACAGAGACUGACAUAUUCACUGAUGGUAGCAUGGAACAAAGCCCCAGGAUGACACAGAUCAUAGAUCCAAGUAACAAGGCGGCUUUUCUAAAAUAUAGACAAUUACAUUAUGAAGACAGCAUUUUAAGAGAUGAAACAUUAGACCAUGAUGCGAGUUUGUCAAAUUUUAGUUCAAUAGAAAAAUCAAGAAAUCAACCGUUGUUUAAAAGAUUUGAAGAUGAACCUUGUCUGUUUGGUUUGCAGACAGUUAAUAAUGACCUGGAACAAAUCACAUUGAUUGAUGAAAAGGGAGACAAUUUUGAAUCUUUACAAAAAUUAAAGGGAGAUAAUCCUGAGCCAACAUGUGAUGAAUUCAGCAAAAACACACAAAACAAAUCAUCUAUAGCAAAGAAUCUAUUUAAAAACUUUUGCAAACUUAGAAAUUUAGAAUCAGAUACAAAUUGUAAUGUCUAUGCUGAAAUUAUGAAAUUACCGAAAAAUAAGAACCAGUUUGAAGAUUGUUAUGAUACUACAAGCACGGAUGAUUCUGAUGAAUCUGAUCAAGGGGGAGAACUACUUCAUAGAAAGAGGAUAGAUCAUAAAACUCUGUUGUUAAAGUGUUCUAGAUUGUGUUCAUAUCUUGAAAAUAUGGAACGCCUAAAGUGCCAAAAAAGACUUCUCAAAUGCAGUUCAAAAGACAAAAAGUGCAAGGCGCAGAGAGUAUCUAAGAAAUUGAAAAGUAAGGAGAGCAGUGUUUGCAAAUCUAUGGCAAUUGAUAAAAAUAUGAACAAAGGUAGAAGUUUUAAUGCUAGUUUUAAAAAUGCAAAAAAUAAGAAAGGAAAUAUUCAUGGCUUGAUAAAAGAUCAUGGGAACUUACAGUCUCAAAAUUGCAGGAAAAGAAAAACAGAACUACAAGAUCUCCAUGAUGGAAGUUCGGUGGAAAAAUUUAGGAAAGUAUGCAAAAGUAAAAUAAAUGAUAUGAAAAAGGAUGAUGAAGAGCAAAGGAAAAAAGACCGUAAACUCAGCAGUCAAAAAUUUGUAGAAAUAAAUGAUAAAUUCAGGAUCUGCAACAAAAAUUUGAAAGAAAAAUGCACAGUGAAAAACAAAAAGAAAGAAUUCGAACAAGAGAGCCAUAUACAAACGAGAACAAGUCCAAGAAAACGCUGUGUAAAAAGACUUGAGAAAACUGAACAUCUAACACACUGUAAGGAAAGAAUUAACUGUGUUCAGAGUCAAAAGAAGGUUACUCAAAAACAAAGUCCGUCAAAAUUAUCUAAAACUGAAACAUCUGAUAGCUGUCUCAUUAGUAUACGUAAAAGUCCAAGAAAAAGUCCUGCAAAAUCGAUUUCAACAGGAACUGGAAGCAAUAGUCCAAGAAAAAUUGCUCAACAAAGUGUUGGUUCUUCAAAAUUAAUUUGUUUGAAUAAAGACCAUAUCAGCUUAAAAAAGGGACCAAGGAAAACUGUUACCCCUUCAAAAGUUGUCUGUUUGUCUAAAGAGGUAGUCGGCCCAAGAAAGAGUCCAAGGAAAAAUGUUAGUCCUUUGAAAUUGGUCUGUUUGUCUAAAGGUAAAGUCAUCACAAGAAAGAGUCCAAGGAAAAAAGUUAGUCAACUUAAAGCAACCUCUUUGCAUGAAGGAAAAAUCAAUCGAAGCAAUAGUCCUAGAAAAACAGUUAGUCCUUUGAAAGUCUUCUGUUUGUCUAAAGAUAAAAUCAGCCCAAGAAAAAGUCCUAGAAAAACAGUUAGUCCUUUGAAAGUCAUCUGUUUGUCUAAAGGCGAAAUCAGCAUAAGAAAAAGUCCUAGAAAAUUGACAUGCAAAAUCAAUUGUGUUAUGGACUGUUGUAGUGCAGGUGUCGGAGGCAAAAAAGUUAAUAACACGUCAAAAAGUCUGAAGAAGUUAAGUUUUGACCAAAAUAAAAUAGAAGAAAAACAACUGACAGCAACUGAUAAAAACAAAUCAAAAAUGACAACUACCUCAGAAGGAUAUACAUGUAAUAGGAGCAGACAAAACUCUGGGAAAGAAAUAAAGGAAAAUGAGAAGAAAGGAGGAAAUAAUGAAAAAACAGAGAAAGAUAAAUUGAAAGUAAAAUUGUUUAAUAAUAUGUCAGGGAAGGAAAGAAUGGCCAGAGUGACAAAGUCAAAAGGAAAAAAAGAAGUUAAGAAUUUAUGCAUUCCAACUGCUGCUAAAAGUAGAAAAAGUGGUGAUACAUGUACACUCAGUGAAAGAAAGAAAACUAAUGAAAUUGCAUCAUGGGAUAGGUCUGAGACAGAUUUUUCCUCUCGUAAACAGAAACAUGAAAAUGACAAAAAUGAAAAAGUGGAAGUAUGUACAAAUAUGUCUGGCAAGAAACUGAAAAUAAGUUCUGUAAAAAGUGUUCAAGAUUUUCCUCCAAAUGAAGUCCCUUGUUUUAAGACACCUGAAAAAGUUUUAGAUUUAAAUGGAUCAUCUAAGGUAUGUGUACUAAGUGCUGAAAAAAUGACUCCUAAAAAACGCUGGAAAGCAUUAUUCCACAGCCAGACAAAUGAAAAUAAACAUAUAGAAGCUAUUGUUGAUAGCAAAAACAACCAAUCAGAAGCUAAUGUUGACCAGAUAAACCAAUCAGUAUCUAGUUUUGUCAAAGAAAGUAGCCAAUCAGGAACUAGUAUUAGUGCUGUUGAUAAAAAUAUCCAAUCAGAAUCUAAUUUUGACAAAAGAAAUCAAACUGUGUCUAGUAAUUUUGAAGAAAUUGGCCAAUCAGAAUCUAGUAUUAGUGGUAAAAGUAACCAAUUAGAAUGUAGCACAGGCAACAGGAUCCUAGAUAAAUGUACUGAAUCUGAAUCUUGCAAAGAUAAAACCGUUGUGCUGAAUUCUGAAAAGUCUUGUCAAGAACUGAUUGACACUCAAAGCACACUUAAUUCUGCGAAUAUUUCGCAAAAUCCAGAUUCUUUUUCAUUUGUUCAUAGUAUGUCUACAGAAAAUAGUAACCAUGAAGAAUUAAUUGUUUUUGAUGAAAGGAACCAGAAAGAACCUUGUGUUGAUAUAAUUAGCCAAUCAGAAUCUUAUGUUGACAAAAGUAACCAAUUAGAACCUUGUGUUGCCAAAAUUAACCAACCAGAAUCUUGUGAUGGCAAGAGGAACCAAUUAGAAUCUAGACUUGCCAAAGUUAACCAAUCAGAUUUAAGUAUUGACCAAUUAGAAUCAGGUUUAUUAACUAUGAUGCCAUCAGUAGAGAUUGAAAAUACAGAACAUAGUAUACAUGAAUCUGAUGAUGAAUGUGAUAGUGAUGAAUCAUGGUUAGAUGCGAGUUUUUCUUGUGCAAGAUUUAUACAAUAUACUCAAGUUAGGAAUUCAACCAGAACACUGCCAUUUAUUGAGCAAAUGAGAUUGUCAAAUAGAUUCUAACGUGUUACCAAGGUGACUAGUAACUAUGUUUUUGAAUGAAGCAAUCAUAUUGAUUAGUAUAACAAUAUAUGUCAGAUGAGGGUCUGGAUGGGGUUCAUUUAUUCAUGUCAUUUCUUUUUUUUUCU